CUGCUUUGCCUGACCGUGGAAAACUGCCAGAUGAUGUCCCUGAGGCAAUGAGUAGUGAGCUGUCUAAGUAGUUGGUACCUUAAGCUAGUCAGGAGGCCGCAUUCUCCCUAGACAUGGCCAAUUGCAUCGUACCUACUGUCAGAGUACCUGCAAGUCCUGAGUGGCCCAGCCAAAGGUGGAGGGUGUGGGGAUGCUGAAGAGGGUGGAAAGGUUCCUUGGCACUGGUUUGGGUCACUGGGGUUGCCCCCAGGACACUGGCUCUCCUGCGGGCAGGGCUGUGACCCAGCCUUCAGCUGAGGAACUCUGGCUGCAGAGCAACCCAGACCAAAAGGGCAUCGUUCCUGAAACAUGAGGAGAUGUCACAGAUGGGCUCCUGCAAUGUCGGGCAGUGGAUAUGAUGUAAAUGUGUUGGGCUAGGUCAAGUCAGGACUCAGCUCAGAAACUAUUUUUCCUAAAAUGUGACACAAGAUCAUCCUAAGAAUGGGUAUGGAGAGAAGCUGCUCAUCAGGAAGAAGUUCCCCAGGGAGAGAAGGAACUUAUACCCAUGAGACUCUAAAAUAUCUUGCCGAACCAGUAGGAAAAAACAAGGACAGACAAUAAAAAAAUAAGGAAAGACUUCACCUUUCAAAACAGCAUUAAAUAUAUUGAUGAUGGGAAAUUGUGAACUCAUUUGUGAGAUGUAGCUUUUUAAUCAGCUGAGAGGUGCUGUAACUACAGCAAAAUGACAAGGACAGAAGCACACAAACCACACUAGAAACCAUUUUGUCACGGAAAAGCAGUUAGGUGGGCACACACUGUCAAAAAAUAUAAACCAAGGAAGGUCUCAAGAAGACUUUUUAUUCAUAGGAAUGUGAACUGUUCUGGUCAGAACGCAAUGUUAUCUCCAUGUGGGACAGUGCUGGAUUUGACCAUUUCCAUUGCCACUGCAUUAGUGACGUUAAGAUGCAAGUCAAAUAUGUUUUGUAAUUUAGCAUAUGUAAUCAUUUUAAUGCCAGGGUUUAUCUGUUGGCAUAUCCUUGGGCUAGCUUUAUGCAGAUGAUCUAUGUAACUGUUGUAGCUGCAUUUCAAAGCUUUUUUAAUGUUAGGACUAUCACUGAUUUGAGUUACCAUUUUCCAGAACUGGAAGGGCAGACCUGUGGCUGUGCACAAGAUGAACAGUGUAGAAAGAACAAGAGCAUUCCCUUCAUUGAAGAAGCCUUUCUGUCUGAAUAGAGCACAGUAUUUCACAUUCUAGUAACUGUUUACCAGCGCAGGACCCGAGAAAAGUCAGCUUUUCCAUUCCAGAAAAGGCUUUGCUAUUCAUUAACGAUUCAGACAGCCAAAUAAUUUUCUUUCCAUCGGUUAAUUCACAACCACUCUAAUGAACAAACACUUCUGCCAGGCCUCAGCUCCCACCUUACUCGUGCUGAUUCCCUGGGGGCCCAUCUGCACGUUUCUUCUGCUCUCUGCAAUCCCCAUCCUUGUCAAGAAUUUGAGUGAGGACCUCUCACGAGGUCAGGGCAUAAGUCCUGAGCAGCCCGACCCCGCUGGCUCUGCUUUGACAGAAAGGCUGCAGACAUCCCUCAAAGGGCAGCCAGGAUUCUGUCUGACAGAGCAUGAGCUGUAUGCAGUUUAACACAUUCAAGGAUUAAAUGAUUACUGCAAGCAUAGUACCUAGAGGGAAAUGGAACCAUAGGUCAGCUGGCUACCGGACAGAAGAUCUGCGAGCAGCUCCAGCAGCUUACAAAGGAGCUGUUUCUACAGGAUGAGCUUGUUGGUGUCUGACCUGCAUCCUGUUCUUGUUGGUAAAAACAUUAAAGGCUUAUUUUGAUAGAAAACUUAAUGAAUACGAGUAGCAAAGAAUGUGAAUCCCUUCUGUAGCAUUUCCAUUGUGCAAAAAUAGAGUGUCCUAUAAUAAUGGUAUGAGAAACUGCCAGGUGGUGGUUCAGCUGUCCUGAGGGAUGGGCAGACACCCACCAACUGCAUGACCUGCAUCUCACGCACACAGAGCGCCGUCCCCUGUGCAGGGACACAGGGUUUCUGUCAGCACCGAGCUGAGGUGUCAGCGUGGGACAGCUGUGUACCCCCGGCCCUGAGCACGCUGUUGUUCCACUCCUAGCUCUCCCCAGCCCCACUGGCUGCCAUUCAGACAAUCAGCUCUUUUCCAUAGCUCGCACAGUGGCCCGUCAGCAUGCCCCAACCUUCAUUUGGAGGUCAGGAGUCUCAGAAAGUAAAAUACUGAAAUAAUUUACACUUCUAUGCUUUUUUUGAAAGGCUGAGAUAGGACAUUACUGAGCGUUAUAAUCCCAUAAACAAACCUUCCUCAAACGAGUUCUUCAGAUUCCAAUGUUAAGUCAUGGUUCUGCUGUGGCUACACCACCAUGGUGUUUAUGUACAAGCUGGGGGAAGAUUUUUUACAGAGGUACAUCUGUGCUAGCAAAGCAACAAGCCAGACGGAGAGGAGUUUGGGAUUAGGAUAAAAUAUCAAACGUGUGAGGCAAAUAAAAUAUGUAAGUUAAGGAGUGUUAAAAAGGCAUCGGUCCCCUUGAUUUCAUGCAGCUCCUUUUGGUGGUGGAAGAAGCGAGGUCUCUGUUCCUGAAGGCGAGCUCCCACUGCCCCCUCUGCACACAGAGCCCCUUGUGCUCCGCCAGCCCUGAGUGAACAGGAGCUGAAUUAUGAGCUGCACCGCUGAAGGAAGGCACCAAGGGCGGCUCAGCGAGGAGGCCGAGCGCCGCAAGGCUGGGCCCACUACGUCAGCCUGUGACAUGCUCGGGACUCCCAAGGGCCGCAGGGCAGUGCCGGGACCGCUGACAGCAGUGGAACAGGGGCUCGUGAGGAGUUACAGCAGACGGGAGGUGCGGGACUUGGGUCCUCCCCAAGCAGGCCUGCUGCAGCUCAUGCUUCUGAACCGCUGCAGUAUUCAGGCACCUAGGCCUGGCUUUGCUGGCUCUGGAAAGCCAGCAGUGAUGCAGUCUCUAUCUGAGGAGAAACUCUCACCAAGAGGUGCAGCCUCCCCUCCCACAUAAAGAGGGGCAGGGAGCUGAGCCGUGCUGCCAGGCUCUGCUGCCGGCUGUGGGGCCAUUCUAGCCGGGCCUGGGCUGAGGCCCCAGGCUUUGAGUCCUGGGCUGCACACCAACCACAGGCAAUGGGCUUCCAUUGGAGAAGGCUGCUCAUCCUUCCUACUGCGGUUGUUUCAGAAGACCAACAAUACCGAUUAUUUACUGGUCCGAUUCAAAACACGACCCUAAUGAACAGCACACUGUAGGAGGUUGCUGAAGAAAGGCAGAACCCAUGUGACCCCAUGGGCAGAGAACUGAAUUUAAAUUAAACUUUUAAUACUUGAGCUGAAUGGAAACACCGGGGUAUGUGAGCACAGAAUCCUCCGAGUUUACGGUCAUCUGGUCCAACUUCCAAGCAAUGAACAGGAACACUGGCAGCUUGAUCAGGUUGCCCAAAGCCCCGUCCAGACUGACCUUGAAUAUCUCCAGGGACAGGGCAUCCACCUCUUCCCUGGGCAUCCUGUACCACAUCUCCCCGCUGGGACUUUGCAGCUGGUUUUGGGGUGCAGGCAAGGCUCUGGAGCUGCUGGGAGCACUGCAACGAGCAGGCAGCUGCAGGGCUGCAGUGAGCAGGGCUGUGGUGGGAGGUUUGGUGACAUAUAAAUGGUGGGCACAUGGGCCUCAUCAUCUUCCUGGUAAGGGUGUAAAGCUGUGUUUAAGUUCUGGAUCAUAUGGCUGCACAGGUAAGAUGAAGGAACUGCUGGUUGACAUGAGAUGGACCAUCAUUUGAAGAUAUUCAGGCAAGUUUAUUACAACAGCCCUUGGAAGUGUGAACUUCAAUUAAAGGAGCUGGACGCACAGGGCAUAGGUCUGGCUGAUGGCAACGCUUGCUCAGGCUGGACCAAGCUGGAGAGAGUGCUGGUAUUUCUGCUUACACAGAAGCACAUAUAACCACAAAAUUGUAGUGGUUGGAAGGGACCUCUGGGGAUCACCCAGCCCAACCCCCUGCUCCAGCAGCACCCUGCAGCAGGUGGCACAGGAAAGUGUCCAGAUGGGCUGUGAGCAUCUCCAGAGAAGGAGAGUCCACAGCCUCUGUGUGCAGCCUGUUCCAGUGCUCUGUCACCCUCACAGUAAAGAAGUUCUUCCUCAUGAUUGUAUGGAACUUCUCGUGUUCCAGGCACAUCACUGAAAAGAGCCUAGCCCCAUCCACUCCACUCCCGCCCUUGUAAGUAUUUAAAGCAUUGAUGGGAUCCUCUCUCAGCCUUCCCUUCUGCAUGCUGAACAGCCCCAGAUCUCUCAGCCCUUCCUCAUACAGGAGAUGCUCCACAUCCCUCAUCAUCUUUGUAGCCCCCUCACCCUCUUUGUUUCCAGGCGGUAACACCCCACAAGCUGAGGAACUCAGAGCAGACGUCCCGCCGCUCUUUGUAGGACCUUCCUUUAAAAGAAAAGUCGGGAUCUGGGAUUUGAAAGCGUCUAGUCCGGGCCCAAACUCUCACGGUUAUCAAACCCAGGUGGGGAAAUGUGUAGAGAUGGGCGUCACAGCCGCCGUAACGGGGCAUUUACCACCCCACGCUGGUCCCCAUGGGCUCAGGGCAGCGCGGCCGCGUUACGGACAAGCUGUCGGAGAAACAGGGCGGACGUGGGGAGGAGAGGCUGUGCGAGCCGGGUACCCGCUCCCAGCGCCGGGGGGGCGGGAGCCCCCGGCCCGUGCCAAUGGCUAUCGGGGCCGGCACCGCCCCCGCUCGGCUGCGGGUGGAACGGGCCGGCCCCGGGGGAGGGAGCGGGGCUCGGGGCCGUGAAAGCCUCAUUCAUCGCCGGCGGCGGAGACGCACGGCCGGGCCCCGCUAUGCGCCGCGCUCCGCUGCUGCUCCUGGCGCUGCUGCUGGGCUCGGGCCCCGCGCCGGGCCGCGCCGACAGCCCGCGGGGCAAACAGCGAGCGGCGCGGCCGCGGGAGGUGCUGGAGGCGUACAACGGUGUCUGCCUGCAAGGCCCCAGCGGCGUCCCUGGACGGGACGGGAACCCCGGAACCAACGGGAUCCCGGGGACGCCGGGAAUCCCAGGACGGGACGGGCCCAAGGGGGAAAAGGGCGAGUGCUUACGGGAGAGCAUUGAGGAGUCCUGGACACCCAACUUCAAGCAGUGCUCAUGGAGCGCACUGAACUACGGCAUAGACCUGGGGAAAAUAGCAGAAUGUACCUUCACAAAGAUGCGCUCCAACAGUGCUCUCAGAGUCCUUUUCAGUGGAUCACUCCGGCUGAAGUGCAGAAGUGCCUGUUGUCAGCGCUGGUACUUCACUUUCAAUGGAGCAGAAUGUGCCGGGCCACUUCCCAUCGAAGCCAUAAUAUAUUUAGAUCAAGGCAGUCCGGAACUGAAUUCUACUAUCAACAUACACCGAACCUCCUCAGUGGAAGGUCUGUGUGAAGGGAUCAACGCCGGCUUGGUGGACAUCGCCAUCUGGGUCGGGACUUGCUCUGACUACCCCAGGGGAGAUGCUUCUACUGGAUGGAAUUCAGUUUCCCGUAUCAUCAUUGAAGAACUGCCAAAAUAAGUCUCCCUCCCUUUUUAUAAUCCCAAUCUUUAUUUUGUACAAUUUUCUAUAAAAGUUAUUUAGAGUUGGAUGCAAGUUUUUGUCUAAAAGGCACCGAACUCCGCAUCUGUAGUGUUCAUCUAACCUUUUUUUUGCACAUUGCAGAGGCUUUUUAUAAUAAUCAUUUUAGAAUAUAAAUAUAAAAAACAACUUACAUUUACUUUUCAUAUCCCUUUUUGAUAUAUGAAAAUAUACCACCACCAUUUUUAGGAGUUAAGUGUAAUUUUUUGUAUCAAAUAAAGAAGACUUUUUCCAAAAAAAUAA